AUGUUGUUGCUUGAUACUACCGCAGAGUCUCUUUUGCGAGACCCGCAGUACUUGCUGCGACUAUAUCACAAGGUCAUUCAGUAUCUUGUGAAAUGUGACCCUUCUUCAUUUGCGCGCUCUCUUUCCUCGUCAUUUAAUCAGAUUGACACAAGAUAUCGUGUGCGCUCUCGUGAGCAGGCAAUUGAAAUAUGGCCCUUGAAAGGCAUCCUACGUCAGAUUCUGCCAGUGAGCGUUAUGAGCGAUAGAGAACUCUCAAUCAUUCUUGCGAUGUUACCGCUUGAGGACUAUGGGGGAAAUGGCACGGGGAACGGAGGUGAUGAUGUUUUAGUUAGCCCUGUGGCGUUGUUGUUAUGCCUGCGGAAAAUGUGUCCUGUGCAAGCUUCUUUAGUGUUAGAAAUGCUCCGAAGGAUUGACACUAGGCCUAAACGACCCCACCCGUAUGAAUCAGCUUGUGGUAAGGCACUCUUAAUAUCCGCACGAGAUGGUAGAGGAGAUGCUUGUGUUCUUGAGAGAGCUGCGAUUCUUGAUUACCUGACUGAAUCCUAUGAUAUGACACUUUCCGAGGCCUUUUUUCUAACUGACCAUUGUUCUAUGGGACUCCCUCCGUCUUCCUCCACAGUAGCUAUUGAUGGUUCCUACCUUUACGCGUUUCUGUAUCAAAGGCCGUUGCCUUCGGAUGUGAAAUAUCCAUUGCUGAUGUCCGUCUUUGCUGAGGCGAUUUGUGAUCCGAAUAGAGGUGCACCUUUGGGUACGCUUGCCCUUAUUGAGGGACUGCAUCGUUUUUCGCCAAAAACAAAUCAUGGCAUGCAUCGUGAGGAAGUUUUUGACGUUAAUAUCGAUACUGGAGGAGAGCUGGAGCAUUAUUCUCUGACACGCAAGUCUUUUGAGGAUUUAUGUAGGUAUUUGCGUGUUGGUCUGUUGUUAGAGGAAGUGCAUCAGCUAUUCUAUUAUUUACGAGGAGAAAGUUCUGAAGAACUUCUCUCUGCUCACACACUCCUUUGUGAAUUUAAGCGACAUUUUGUGCCUGUGAGUGAAUCUCUGUUUCAAAUUGUUGAAGAGGCAGUACGGCGCUAUUUGGUGAAAUCUGGUGGUAUGUUGGCCCUUCCACGUUUACAUCUUGCGCUUCAUGGUGGCCCACUUUCUGUCGCAAGGUUCAUUGAUGUGCUUCGUGUGGCGGGUGUUCCGGAGGCCGUGAGUGACGUUGAACUUGAGUGGCUGCGGUUCAAGGGAUGGGAUCGAGAACGUCUGGUGUCGCUGCUUUCUGGUAGAUUUCCAGCAAACCGGGAGGCUCUUGUCCGGCAACUUUUUGAUCAACUUAAAAAUGUGAAGGGUCUUACAGUGAAACAGGGCCACGUUGAAGUGGAGCGUGUGUUGGCAUUGUUUCACCCUGAGAAGGUAGAAGGUACUCUCAUCGGUAGCAGUGACGAUUGGCGUUUUGUGAUGAAGCAGUGUUUUGAUGGAAAUGUAUCUAAAACUUUGACGUAUGAUCAGUUUUUUUAUUUCUGGCGUGCUGUUUCUGCGGCCUGCAGCGACGACUCUGUGUUCACGAUGAUUCUCUGGCGUUCUUUCAACAUGCAUACGAGCCGCUGA